UUAGCCUAUCGUUGAAUUUCUGUAACACAAUAUUGGAAAAGUGUCUAAUUAAAAAGUGUUAUAGCCAAACUGUUAUGCUUAAUCUGAAGGUUGAGCAUGGCUCAGAUAAAGUCAGAUCUACAUUAUUGGGAUUUUGUUUACAGUGAGCCACAUUUGGAGAACCAAUGAUCUAACUUUGGCAAAACAGUCCUUGAUAUAGGCCUAAUAUCUAUCACUGUCAAAUGUAUUCCAACACCUGACUUGUGUUUUACUUUAGGAUAGUAAAGCUAAAUGUUUGAUUUGAAGCAUAUACAGUAUUACUGUCUGUAUAUUGAAUGUGGUUUCAAUGUUAUUUAAUCAAACUUUCUUCUGUGUGAUAAUUCACAGGAAUGUGUUGCACAACUCAACAUGAGGGAGCUUCUCUCAGUUGGAAUGGAUGGCCCUAAUGUGAACUUCAAAGUCCUGGAUCUCCUUCAAAAGGAGCAUGCUGAGCUGUACGGAGGUGCUCAAGUCCUGAUGGUUGGGAGCUGUGGACUGCACACCCUCCACAAUGCCAUGAAGGCAGGCUUCACAGCCUGGCAAAUUGACAAACUCCUGCGCGCGCUCCAUUUUCUCUUCCACAACGUUCCUGCCCGAAGAGAGGACUACACCAACAUAACCGGAUCAUCCUGCUUUCCCCUCUCUUUCUGCGGCCACAGAUGGGUCGAAAAUGUGCCGGUUGCAGAGAGAUUCCUGGAAGUUUGGCCCAUGAUUCAGAAGUAUGUUGAUGCUGCUGAGGAGAAGAAGGUCCAAAAACCGAACACGGCCUCUUAUGACGUCAUCCUGGCAGCACUAGGAGAUGCACUCUUAAUGGCAAAGCUUCAAUUCUUCCUCGCCAUUGCGAGAAGUUUUAACCCAUUUCUUGUUAAAUACCAAACAGAUGAGCCAGUGUUGCCUUUUUUGGCAAAAGAUUUAACUGAGCUUCUGUUGGUGAUGUCAUCAUUCAACAAUUCACAUCCUUUCUCUCUGUCGUGGGCAGAGAAGAUGAGUUUGUUUCCUUCCAACCCCUGAGGCAGCGUCUCGAUGUCUUUCUCCACUCUAAACUCUGUAUGUCCCACCCUGACCUGCUAAAGUUCUGCCAAAGUGCUCUCCUCCUUUCCCAUGGACAGGCCACAGUAGAGAGAGGCUUCUCGGUGAAUAAAGAGGUAGAAACGUGUAACCUCCGUGAUGAAUCUCUCGAAGCCCUCAGGUUAAUCUGUGAUAAGGUAACUGUUUGUGGUGGCGUUCUUAAAGUUCCUCUGACCAAGGAGCUCCUGGCCUCUGCUGCUUCAGCGAGGUCACAAUACAGGCUAUACCUUGAGAGUGAGCGGAAAAAAAAGGAGAGCGCCACACAAGGGCUUAAGAGGAAAGCAGCAGAGAAGGAGCUUGAGGACCUCCGGAACCAGCGGCAGGUACUCAAUAGCGUGUGCCAUUCACUUGAAAAUGAUGCCGACAAGUAUGCAGAGAUGGCUGAGGGAAAGGCAGGAACAAAGAUGGCUGAGCUCAUCACAAAAUCCAACUCUCUUCGGAGAAGACACAGGGACAAAAAAGCAGACCUUCUCCAAGUGGAAAAAAUGAUAAAAGAAAAAGCCACACAGCUGAGGCACUUGUGACUGCAAUUUUAAUUAGCAACUCGUAUGUUUGCCUGUUGUUAAUAUCAUUGGUUAUGUUCUCUCUCUCUUGGUCAUUUUUUGUGUCCAGUGUUGAAGUUAUUAAGUUAUUAAGUUGUUUGUUAAAAAUACUAUUACAGUGUAAAGUUGCACUUUAUUGCCAUUUUUUUGAGGCCCUAAUUUAACCAUUUUGUUUCAGAUUCCAAUUCACAGUGUAGCUGUUCAUUCUAAAGGUCCAGUCUGUCUUCUAAUUGUCAUGGAAUUGUUACUUUUUGACAUUAAGUAAAAAAAACUAUGGACACUUGUGACUGCAAUUUUAAUUAGCAACUCGUAUGUUUGCCUGUUGUUAAUAUCAUUGGUUAUGUUCUCGCUCUCUUGGUCAUUUUUUGUGUCCAGUGUUGAAGUUAUUAAGUUAUUAAGUUGUUUGUUAAAAAUACUAUUACAGUGUAAAGUUGCACUUUAUUGCCAUUUUUUUUAGGCCCUAAUUUAACCAUUUUGUUUCAGAUUCCAAUUCACAGUGUAGCUGUUCAUCCUAAAGGUCCAGUCUGUCUUCUAAUUGUCAUGGAAUUGUUACUUUUUGACAUUAAGUAAAAACCUAUGGACCAAGGCCGGUGGGGACAUCUUGAUUAAUCCAACUCCUAUGUUAGAGUUCCCUCUUACUUCAAUGUUGCUCUCUCGC